ACCGCAGAGCAUGCGCACUGAGCGAGACUACUACUUUUCGAACGAUUCGUUACUAACGCGUUUAACUCGUUCGACUUAACGAACGUACCCAUAGUCUUGUGUGAUAGUGCAGAAGCUAAACGUUGAGCAAUCAUGAGUACAAUUCGUUCGGUUAAGAAUCUUGUGGUUCUUAUUACGGGAGGUGGUUCUGGACUCGGAAAAGCAACUGCUGAGAGAUUGGUUAAACAAGGAGCAAAAGUAGUUAUUUGUGAUUUGCCAACUUCAAAAGGAAAUGAUGUUGCAAAAGAUUUAGGAACAAAUUGUGUUUUUACACCAACAAAUGUGACAUCAGAAACAGAUGUGAAGAAUGCCUUGAAUACCACAGAAGAAAAAUUUGGUAAAUUGGAUGCUGCUAUAAACUGUGCUGGUAUUGGAGUGGCUCUUAAAACAUAUGAUUAUAAACGAGACAUUCCACAUAGUUUAGAAGAUUUCUCUAAAGUAAUUCAGGUAAAUGCUGUUGGUACAUUUAAUGUUAUAAGACUAGCAGUUGGUCUCAUAGGAAAAAAUACUCCUGAUGCUGAUGGUCAAAGAGGAGUUAUUAUAAAUACUGCUAGUGUUGCAGCUUUUGAGGGACAAAAAGGACAAGUGGCAUAUUCAGCAAGUAAAGGUGCCAUUGUUGGAAUGACAUUACCAAUUGCUAGAGACCUUUCUACUCAAGGAAUCCGUUGCUGUGCAAUUGCACCAGGUUUAUUUGAUACUCCUUUACUUCGUGGUCUUCCUGAUAAAGUAAGAACAUAUUUAGCAGAAACUAUACCAUUUCCUCGUCGUCUUGGUAAUCCAGAAGAAUAUGCACAUCUUGCACAGUUUAUUAUUGAAAAUCCAGUUAUUAAUGGAGAAGUUAUAAGAUUAGACGGGGCACUUCGAAUGAAUUAAAAUCUUCACUUACUUUACACUGAAAUUUGAUUUUGUAUUGAGAAGACUUGAUGAUAGCUUGGAGAAAAUUUUCAGUUAGGAUAUUAAAAUUUUAAAAUAUAUGGAGUAAAUGUAAAAUUUAUAUAGAAAAUCGUUUUCUCAAAAUAAAUAUUUUUGUUAAAUAAUAUGAGUAUUAUUGAAAAUAUAAUUUAUGUUCAAUUUACAUAGUAUGGCAGAUACUCAUAUAAUGCAGGCAACAUGUUUCUCGUUAUAGGAAAUCACUUUAUUGAGACAUGCAUUAUCUGAAAAUUUAUGCAAGUUUAAACCUAGGCUAGAAGUUGAAGAAGAAAACUUAUAUUUCUGGAUGACAAAAUUGAAUUUUUUAUGAGUACUAGUUGCAGUUUUUUCAUUGUGUUAUACAAAUUUAUAUAAGGAAUGCAUUAUCAGGAGUUCCCUGCAUUUGAUUUACAUGAUUAAGAUUUAACAGACUAAAAUGUUAAUUUUUAAAUAUUGAUAUUAUACAAAAUUUUUAAAAUAUGUUUAUAGAAUUUAUCAUUUUAAAUUAAAAAUUUACAACAAACAUGCUAUAGCAACAAAAAUUGUAUUAUUUACUUAUUUUCCUGAUGCAUUACAUUACUAAUAUAUUAUAAAUGACAAUUAUCAUUAAGUUUUUAGUGGCAUCUAAUUUCAUGUUCAGUCAUUGCAAACAAAAUAUUUAGCAAAAACAGGAUAUGGCAAUGGCAAUUUUUCACUUUCUGUAUUAAAACAUGCAUUGUUUAAUUAUAAAAAUUCAUAAUGCUCUUAACAUAAAGAAUGUUUAGGCUAAUUUAAUUAUUUAUUGAGGUAUUGUAUACAAUAUUUUUGGCCUAAUUGUUUAAUAAUUUAGCUGUACUUAUCUUGAACAGUGACGCUAGAGCUUCAUGGGGCCCAGGCAAAUUUCAAUUAAGGGCCCCAUGUACAAUGUUGACUUCAACAUUUUUUUCUGAAUGAAAUUUUUGGAGGAAAUAUUUUCUUGUAAUAAACUGGUUUGGGGUUCCAUGCUGUUGCCAUCUUUUGCCCAUAGCAUAACGUGUCAGUGAUCUUGAAUUAAGAAGGGUAAUCGAAAAUGAUUCAACAUUGUCAAAAUGACAAUAACUUUUAGAUUAAAAUUAUCGAAAAUUACAUUUUAAGGUGUGGUGGAUUUAAGACUGGACCCCUUCUCACUGUCAAUUGUGCAUGCAGGCUAGCCACUCAUGCACAUUUACUAGUCUAUUACAAGUAAAUUGGUACCUUCUGUAAAUGGUAUUUGAUGUACUGGUACCUACGCUUAGGUGUAGGUUGUCAGGUUUUGCAUUUUUCUUUUGCCUGUAAGACAAUUUCUUCCUUUUCCCCUCUCUCAUCCAUAUAUAUCAAAGGAUUUUAUUUUAAAACUUCCAGAGUAUUGUAAUUACAACUAGAAUAUUCUAACUUUGAAAAUGCUGUUGAUAUAUAUUAAAAUUGAAAGAAUUUGGUAACUUAGAUGAACUGUAUGAGGAAUUUUUUGAGUGUCGGAGUAUUUUAUUAGUGUGUAUAAAUUGUCAAAAGUGAUGUUGAUAAGGCUAGUUUUUUCCAGUAAUGAAGAAUAAAUGGACAGAUGUUAGAAACAGGAGCCAUCCAGAGUUAAUCAAAGUGGAACUACAGAUUGUACACAGUUUCCCUUUAACUUUUAAGCAAUUUUACCAAUUUGCAAAAGGAUGAAAAAUUAUUAAGAGCAGCUAAACCAGGAGAGAAAUAUUAGAAAGAAUAAAUCACAUAACUUCCGAAAACAAUUCACUCCCUUCCGGGAUAUGAUCUGUAAAUUAAAUAAGACUGCGAUGAAAAUAAUAGCUUGUGAGAAGUUUUAUGAAACGUAACUUCAAUUUAUCAAGAGUUGGUUUUAAAAAUUACAACAUAGUUCAAAAUUUAUUCAGAACUCAAUGCCCUUUAGCAGUUUAUAUUGGGAGGAAAAAAAUCAAUGAUUUAAUUCUUUUCAACAGACCAUAGUAAAAUAUUUUCAUAAAGGAACUGAUGAAAUUCAGCUGAACAAAAUUGUAUUCGUUUAAGAUUUAAGAAACAUGAAUGUUGAAAAGCUGAAUAAGUUGCAAGCCCAGGUUCGAAUUGGUGGUAAGGGAACAGCCAGAAGGAAGAAGAAAGUUGUACACAGAACUGCAACUACAGAU